AUGGUAAAGAUUGAUCAAACAUACGACAAUAUCGUUACUGGAAGCCUGAAAUUGAAAGGCAGUUUAAUUUGUAAGAAGAAGAACAAGAUUGUGAAAAUACCUAGACCGGAGGAUAAAGAAAAGGACUUUAUAAAGCUACCAACCCAAGCGGAUUCUUCCAAAGAAGAUAAGCCCGAAGAAAAUGCCAAUAUAAUAGACAGACGUAUAAAGCGAGUGAAAGAAGACCCAAAUUUGACAAGCUCUGAAAAGGCUUUUAGGAUCGCACAACUCAAGAGGAGCUCUCAAAAAAUAGAAACGGCCCUUAAAGAAGCACACCGGGACAAGAUUGAAAAGUUCAAUACCAAACUUUCAAAGCUUUCAGAGCAUUUUGAUAUACCGAAAGUUGGACCAGGAUAA